AUGUCUCAAAGAAAAUCGCUAGCUCAAGCCCAUAUUAAGACGGUUCUGAUCUCUGAAGCACGAGGAAAAUUCAAGAGAUGUUAGCUGUGUCAAAAGGAAUUUGGGUUGUUGAAGCCUGAGCAUUAGUGCAAAAGAUGUCGACGAGCUGUUUGCAAAUAGUGUUCAGAACAUAAAAUCAUCUACAUUACAGAAACAGGUCCAAGCAAAAGGCCAAGAAGAAUUUGUAAUUCUUGUAAAGAUGAAAGUGAUUGGAUCAAAAAGUUCAUUGAGUAAUAAAAGAUUGUCUUUGGAACGAAUACUGUUGCCGUUGAAUGGCUACAAGCCUCAGGUUUGACAGUAGAACAUGCAAAUCAAGAAUACGAAAAAGCACAAAAUGAAUAAAGUCCUGCAAAAGAGAAUAAUGAUUAUUAAAAAAUGAAGUCAGAGUUGAAUUCAGUCAUGAUUGAACUAUGGUUGAAUCUCAACUUUUCUCUUAGAGAAUUCAUUACAUAUAUAAUCAAAGAUAACGAACGCGAAUUAUUGACUUAAAAAAUUAGCAAGGUGUUAGGCUCCUUAUUAAUCCAAUAUCCAGAUAUCGGGUAUAGUGCAGAUUAAAUCUUGAUUACACUUUUUUUGCUCUGUUUUUCCUCGGAAGCAUCAGCAUAUGUCUUGUUAACUGUGCUUUAUUCAGAUAUAAUUCCGUUCAAUACUUAUCCAUCAUAAUUAAAAUAGACACCUUAUGAUUAUCUUAGCGAAACAGAAAAGAUAGCUCAAGUUUUGGAACAGGCUUUUAAGCUUAAACAGAAUGAAGUGACACUUGUUAAACCUUUCAUGAGAAAUAAAAUAUAAAGAUACUUAUAGCCAUUUGGGAUUAACUUCUUUCUUUUGUAAACUAAUUUUUUCUUAUUCAAUCAAAUGUUCUUGAGCCCCACAUUAGGUUAUGAUAACUUUUUGAAAUGUUUGGCUUCUUCCUUCUAUACAUCAAUUGAUGAAAUCAAAUAAUUCAAUCAAUAAUUUGAUGAAAUAGAAGGUUAAAUUAUGAAAGGGGUUACAUCAGUUAUGAUUGAGAAAAACUAUGUACAAACAAAACUAAUUAUCUUUUUAUCGCAUUCUCAUGGAAUGACAUAAAGUGUCAUUGUAUCUAGGCCUUUGGAAAAGAAUAAGGAAACACAUUAAAUUAAAGUUGAAUUUCAUAAAGACUAAAAAGCCUAACAAUAAAACGAACAAAAUGAGGAAAUGCUAAUAUAUUCAGUGACUCAAUCUAAUGAGUUUUAGAAUUUAAGAAGAAAAACAGUCCAAAUUGCUUAAUAACCAUAAGUUGAUGAAGAAAAGGAGACUUUAAAAAAAUACAUUGUACAAAUAGAAGAGCUCUUGAUGACAAAACACAAGCUUGUUUCAGAAUUGCAAUUGCAAGUUAAAGAACUACAAAAUUAACCAUUAUAAAUAAUCAAUAAAGAUGUAGAUUAACAAAUUUUAGAGGAUAAUGAUUAAUUAAGAAAGAAAAUAUCUAUGAAAGAUUUAGAAAUUUAAGCAUUGCAGGAAUAAAAGAAAUAUUCAGAUAAAAUUUAAGAAGACAAUUAAAAUAUAAUCAACAAUUUACAGAAAUCAAAUUAAGAAAUAUACACUUCAUUGAAUGCUUAAAUCUUAUAAAAUCAAGAACUUCAAUAAUAGAUUGCUGAUUAUAAAACAUUAUCUAGCCAAGCAUCUGACAAUUCGAUGACACCAUCUUAAGGCGAAAGGAACUAUUAAAUAAAUAUCUCCUUAUAAUCUAGAUAAUCAGAGUAAGAAUUGGCUUAACAAAUGGAAUAAGAUAGAUAUAAGAUUUUUUAAUUAGAAUUAUAAGUAAAUCAACUCAAUAAAGAGUAUAUUGCAUUACAAUAAUUGAAUUAAGAUAAACUUAGGAUCAUUGGAAAUUUAGAAGUGAGAUUAAUAUAAGCAGAGGCUGCUAAGAGGGAACAUGAAAAAUUUUCAUCAGAGAACGUAGAUAUCAAAAAGAAGUUAUAAAAUCAUGAAUUAGUAAUAAUCUAGUAGGCAGAGUAAUUGCAAUUGCUUCAGUAAAGGUAUGAUUUACGUUUAUCAGAACUUGAUGAUGCCAAAAAAGAAAGAUUUCAAUUAGCUGAAGAGUUGAAUUUAAAGAAUUCUUAACAUUCAUAAAUUAUCUAAGAGCUUCAAAAGUAGUUAGCUGAUUUAUAAAUUUUACAUAAUUCAGUUUCAGAUUAGUUGAAUCAAGCAUUAUCAAUAAAUGAAAAAUUAAAAUAACUAAUUAUAGAAAAAGAUAAUGAAAUUUCUGAGUAUGUGAAGCAUUUAUCAGAAAGAGAUUUAAUAAUAGUUGCUCUAAAAGAUGCUGAUUUAUUGAUGAAGGAUAGAAAUUAACACUUAACAAAAUAAUUCGAAGAAAGUGAAUCAUAAUUACAUAAGAUUUAAUAAGAAUAUAAACUCCAUCAAGAUCAACUACUUAGCACUUAAAAUUAAACCUAAACAUUAUAAGAAUAAUUAUAAAAACUAUUUAGUGAACAUUAAUAAAUAAGUAAUCAAAAUACAUUAUUAAUUAUUGAAUUGGAGGAUUUUAAACUUAAAUCGACAAAAAUCGAUUAAUAACACAUUUAAUUAAGUGAAACUCAUAAAUUAACAGUUAAUGAAUUAGAUUCAUUAAAAUAAAGAUUCACAUAAUUACUUAAUGAUCAUAACAAUGUAUCAGAAUAAUAUAGAUUAAUUUAAAUUUAAUUUGAAGAAGAAAGAACAAAUUCCGUAUAAGUUUAAGAGAAAAAUAGAAUUAUUGAUGAACUCAAAAGUCAACUGUUAAAAUUAGAAGAAACCCAUUAAGUUACUAUUAAAUUGCAUUUAACAAAGAUAGAAGAAUUAGAAAUUCUUAUCAUAACACAUGAAAAAGGUAUGUCUGAAUUCAAAUCUUUGAGUGAAAUACAAAAAAAUUAAAUUACUGACCUAUUGGCUUAAAUGGCAUAAUUAGAAUCAGAGAGGGCAGAACAUAUUGCAAAAAAUUAAUCCCUAACAAUAUAAUUAAAUGCCAACAUAGAAAGAAUACAUGAUGUAGAAAACUAAAACAACACUUUGUAAUCAGAACUUUAGUAAUUGUAAAAAAGGUUUUAAGAAUCAAAUCAUCUUAACGGAGAAUAGAAAGUCUUAAUUAUUCAAUUAGAAGAAAGAAUUACAGUGUUAAUUGCUGAAGUCAAAACUAAGGAGGGGGAAAUUGUAAAAUUGAUAUAAGUGAUUGAAUCCUAGAAAUAGUCUAUGAUUGAUUAUGAAGAAUUAAUUAGAAAGCUAAAAGCCUAAAUAGUUGAACUAGAAAAAUCAAACCUUAGGUUAAAAACAACCUUAAAGCAUUAUAAAGAACUUUCUAAAGAAAUGGCAGAGAUUGAUUGA